UGUGUUAUUGACUAUCGAUACCAACAUGCGUCUGAAUGAAAAAACAAAAUUGUUGGGCAAAAAAGUCGUCCUUGUGCCUUAUGAGGCGCGCCAUGUACCCAAAUACCAUGACUGGAUGAGCAAUGAGACUCUGCGGGAGCUGACUGCCUCUGAGGAAAUGACACUCUCGGAGGAGUACCUGAUGCAGCUGAGUUGGCGCCAGGACACCGACAAACUUACCUUCAUAGUCCUCGCUGCCGAUAUCUAUGCCCGGGACAAUGAUGAGAUUGCUGCCAUGGUGGGCGACACAAAUAUCUUUCUGCGCCAUGAACCCGACACCAAUCAGAAGGUGGCCGAGGCGGAGAUAAUGAUAGCGGACCCCCAGGCGAGGGGCAAAGGCUACGGACGCGAGGCCAUGCUCCUCAUGCUGAAGUACGCCCAAUCCCAGCUGGAACUGAACAAAUUCGAGGUCAAGAUCGACAUGGACAACGCCGUGUCCCUCCGCCUGUUUGAGAGCUUCCAAUUUGUGGAAACCGGACGCGUCGAAGUCUUCCACGAGGUUACGAUGGAGCGUGAGAUUACCACGGAGUGGAUUGGCUGGUUAGACAAGCAGGUGCAGCUAACGAUUGAGAGCUAUAGUGUAUAGUCAAUCGUUAGACGUCGGCUGGAUCCUAUUCAUGCUGCAGAAUAAUCACAAAUCGAUCCACACUUGGUUUAUGUUCUGUUUAUUAAACUUAUUUAUUACGAACUACUUGUUUCGCUUGCCUUAUUUAUGUUGAAUUUUACAUCAUAUGUAUGUAUGUAUUUAUGUGGUGCAAUUGAUGCUGAAUCGUGGCUGGCUUUGUUUCUAUGCGGGAUGGGUUAAUGAUGAUUGUGUAAUGCUGUGUUUGCUUCUUGUGGUCUGUCGUGUCGUGUGGCAGGAAAAGGGCAAGGCAACAGACACUUGCCUGUCCGCUGUGUGUCCGUCCGUCUGUCUAUCAUUUUGGUGUUGUGUGGGGUGCGUGUAUUGUAUGUAUGUAUUUAAAUAUAGUACAUAAAACUAGAUGCUUGCUUACAAACUGCUCACUUGUUUCAA